UAACGUUUUGUGUGAUCGGGAGAUGCGCCAACAAAACAACCGAUAUAGGUGAUUCUGUUGCCGUUCAGGAGAUACAAGAGAGUUCCUUUGUGUCCAGAAGUCCAGAGGAGCGUUACAUCGAUUCUGUGUUCAAAAUAUCCUGCGAAUCCAACGUUACUUGUCAGGAGUGUACAAGACAAGGAAGGGGAGGGAGGGGCACGGCUUGUUUGAAAACCCAGAUCUGGUACGGUACUGUUGACGCUUUAGCGCGGUAAUGUGGAGAUUUACUUUUUCAUGGCUGUCAGAUAACCUCGGUAAGCCACGGCCUUGAUGGAGUAGGGAGACUUCAGGACCGACGGAGAAGGCCGUGGUUUGGGACAGGGAGGUACUGAUAUAUGGUGCAGUGCUGAAACGGCUUCUGUUCAAACCACAAAGAACGACGAGCAUUGUGUUUACCGGGAAAAGUACAAGACUGCUACACUGCUGACAUUGAUUGUACUUUGGCAUGUCUGGAUACAGGAAAUCAUUCAAACGAACCUACUAGGAAGAAGCUGCAAUAUUAAGAUCCAAAUUUCAUGGCAGAGAAAACGUUAGCAUUAUCAAUGUCAUAACUAUAAGACAGUCAAAUAGUGGAGACAAAGAAUUGAGAACAUUUGAAGGUUGUGGUAGUGAGAAAAAUGAGCUGCGUACAGCCUUCAACCAUGGUUAACGAUGUGCAGCUACGUUUCCUAUGUCCAGAAGACAUCCACACAGUCAAGAAGCUGUGUUCAGACUGGUUCCCUAUCGAGUACCCUGACUCCUGGUAUGAGGAGAUCACGUCCAACCCCAAGUUCUUCUCUCUGGCGGCCACCUAUCACUCCAACAUCAUUGGCCUCAUUGUGUCAGAGGUCAAGUCCAGAAACAAGAUACACAAAGAGGAUCGCACAAUCCUGGCCUCUAGUUACCCAGACAACACACAGGUGGCCUAUAUCCUCAGUCUGGGGGUUGUGCAGGAGUACAGGCAACAUGGGAUAGCCUCCCUCCUACUGGAAACCCUGCUGUCCCACCUGACCACCAGUGAGAGACACAACGUGAAGGCGGUGUACCUACAUGUCCUCACCACCAACACCACAGCCAUACGCUUCUACGAGCACAGAAGCUUCCGCAGACAUAACUACUUGCCAUACUACUAUGCCAUCAAAGGGGUCCCGAAGGAUGGCUUUUCAUACGUGCUGUAUAUAAAUGGAGGGAAGCCACCAUGGACUUUUACAGAUUGCAUCUCGUACAUGUUUGCCCACUUACAACACCUGCAGCUGUGUUCGCUCCCCCAGCGACUGUUCCGGAGACUCAGUACAACAGUCUGGGGUGUUGUACCACUACUGUACUCUCCUCAUCGCAAAACAAAUGGGCCCUGUCACACCAUGUGAACUGUAUGGGCCUGUCAAACCAUGUGAACUGUACAGGCCAUGUCACACCAUGUAGCUAAUUUGACUGUAUGGGCCUGUCACACCAUGUGAACUGUAUGGGCCUGUUGCACCACGUGAACUGUACAGGCCUUGUCACACCAUGUGAAUUGUAUGGGCCUGUCACACUAUGUGAACUGUAUGGGCCUGACACACCAUGGGAACCAUACAGGC